ACGCUGCCAGUCUUUGUUUUCCUGGGUGUUCCCUAGUGAGCUCACUUCCCCUUAGGCACUUCACCAUAGGCACUUUAAUUCCGCUAGUCUGGUUGUGUCUUCACAGUAAUUGCACUCCAAUUAGAAUCGCACAGGUGUUGACAAUACUCUGUCAUUAGUUUCCCUAUAUAGAGCUGUCUUUCUCUGUUGUCAUCAUGGAGUCCUUACCCUUUGUGUCUCAUGCUCUCGUUCCCCGAGACUUCCUCUACCUUCUUGUUCUUCUGAGUUCCCCGUUUCAUCCGGUUCCCUCUUUUGGUUUUUGUUUGUCUCUCAUGACUGUUUAUUUUGUAUUUACCCUUCCGUUUAAAUAAAUCCCUUACCUGCACUUGGAUCCACCCUCUCUUUGUGUUUCAUCUAAACCCUACCGUGACAGAAGGACUCCAUCGUCAAGGAUCCAGCGGUAUGUCUGCUGCCAUGUACUCAUCAGUCAGCAAGCGUAAUGGUUUUGAGGGCUCUCGCCUGGUGGUGUUCCGGGGGACCAGGGGAGGUCGCUCCGGAGCAAGCGGUCGAGAGGAGGUCCGGCAGCGAUCGCCACCGUGGCCUCCCAUCGACCCGAGAUUCGGAUGGGGGCGGCCAUUUCCCCAAGAUGUCCCGAGAGGAGAGGGGAAAUGCAGAUCGGCUGAGCCAGCGCCGUGGUACCAGAUGGCCGCCAGUCCUGUACAGCGGCACCAAAUGGCCGCCAGCUCAGCGCCACAGCACAAGAUGGCCGCCAGCUCAGUCCCACAGCACAAGAUUGCUGCCAACUCAGCCCCACAGCACAAGAUGGCCGCCAGCCUAGCGCCACAGCCUAAGAUGGCCGCCAGCCUAGCGCCACAGCCCAAGGUGGCUGCCAGCCUAGCGCCACAGCCCAAGAUGGCCGCCAGCCUAGCGCCACAGCCCAAGAUGGCCGCCAGCCUAGCGCCACAGCCCAGGAUGGCCGCCAGCCUAGCGCCACAGCCCAAGAUGGCCGCCAGCCUAGCGCCACAGCCCAGGAUGGCUGCCAGCCCAGCACCACAGCACAAGAUGGCCGACUCAACGCCACCGACUCUCCAUCGUAGAGGGCGGAGGAGGAGACAGGCAGCUACUGUUCCUCAGGACCCGGAGAACGUUCCCGAGCGGGCCGCUGCCAUCCAUGAGGCCAUUCCCGAUGUGGUGCCCGCUGCUGUUUCGGAGGCGGUGGUUGAGGCUGUUCCCGAUGCGGUGCCCGCUGCGGUUCUGGAGGCCGAGGCGGUGCCCGCUGCUGUUCCGGAGGCCGAGGCGGUGGCCGAUGCCGUUCCCGAUGCGGUUCCCGUUGCUGUUCCGGAGGCCGGGGCGGUGGCCGAGGUCGUUCCCGAUGCGGUGCCCGCUGCUGCUCCGGAGGCCGAGGCUGUUCCCGAGGCGGUGCCCGAUGCAGUUCCCGAGGCGGUGCCCGAUGCAGUUCCCGAGGCGGUGCCCGAUGCAGUUCCCGAGGCGGUGCCCGAUGCAGUUCCCGAGGCGGUGCCCGAUGCAGUUCCCGAGGCGGUGCCCGAGGCGGUUCCCGAGGCGGUGCCCGAUGCGGUUCCCGAGGCGGUGCCCGAUGCGGUUCCCGAGGCGGUGCCCGAGGCUGUUCCCGAGGCGGUGCCCGAGGCUGUUCCCGAGGCGGUGCCCGAUACAGUUCCCGAGGCGGUGACCACAAGGCCGUGGUGGUCUUCUGCUCCGCCCUGGGGGACUCUGGCGGUGACCACGAGGACGUGGUGGUCGUCCGCUCCACCCUGGGGGACUCGGGCGGUGACCACGAGGACGUGGUGGUCGUCCGCUCCGCCCUGGGGGACUCUGGCGGUGACCACGAGGACGUGGUGGUCGUCCGCUCCGCUCUGGGGGACCCUGGCGGUGACCAUGAGGACGUGGUGGUCUUCUGCUCCGCCCUGGUGGACUCCGGCCUCGACCACAAGGACGUGGUGGUCUUCCGCUCCGCCCUGGAGGGCUUUGACUUUGACCACAAGGCCGUGGUGGUCUUCCGCUCCGCCCUGGAGGGCUCUGGCCUUGACCACACGGCUGUGGUGGUCAUCUGCUCCGUCCUGGUGGACGCCUCAACAUGUCCUUCAUGGACUUAUGUUUUGUGUUUUUUGAGUUCUGUUUCUGUCUGUUCCUUUUAGUUUAGUCUGGCCCUCCUUCCCUCCCCCUGAGCCUCCACCUGUCCGCCUCCCUCCUGGACUCCUUGUUUUGUGUUGCACCUUUCCAUUUCUCCUGGUUGCUCCUGUCCCUGUUUUCUGUCCCUCCGUCCCUCCCCCUGGUCCGCCGCCGUUCCACCUCCCUCCUGCCUCUUUUUCUGUUGGGGUUUUCCUGGGUUUAGGUGGAGCAUCUGGUAGCUGCUCCGUAGGGGAGGGGGUAAUGUCACGCUGCCAGUCUUUGUUUUCCUGGGUGUUCCCUAGUGAGCUCACUUCCCCUUAGGCACUUCACCAUAGGCACUUUAAUUCCGCUAGUCUGGUUGUGUCUUCACAGUAAUUGCACUCCAAUUAGAAUCGCACAGGUGUUGACAAUACUCUGUCAUUAGUUUCCCUAUAUAGAGCUGUCUUUCUCUGUUGUCAUCAUGGAGUCCUUACCCUUUGUGUCUCAUGCUCUCGUUCCCCGAGACUUCCUCUACCUUCUUGUUCUUCUGAGUUCCCCGUUUCAUCCGGUUCCCUCUUUUGGUUUUUGUUUGUCUCUCAUGACUGUUUAUUUUGUAUUUACCCUUCCGUUUAAAUAAAUCCCUUACCUGCACUUGGA